CUAAGGUUUACAGUAGGGUCAGGCGGAGAGCGACUGCGAGUCAACUGACGAGAACCAAAAUUGGCCGUCAAAUACAAAAGACAGGAAGAAGGGGAACUCGCCCUCGUCGGAGAUGAGCGGAGAAGAACCUCCCAAGCUCUACGCCAACAAACCCAAGAAAGCUCAGGUCAAGCAAUUUCAAGAACAGCACAAAGUCAUGAGCGCUUCUUCUUCUUCACCGGCGCCACCAGCUUCGUCGAACACGGCAUCUACGUCUUCUUCUUCUUCUUCUUCUUCUUCACUGCCGCAGCCUCCGAAGGAAUCAUUUGCAAGGCGAUAUAAGUUCUUGUGGCCCAUGCUUUUGACUGUGAACCUUGCUGUUGGAGCUUAUCUGUUUAUGAGGACAAAGAAGCAAGAUGAACAAGUAACUGAAGAAGAGGCUGCCCCGGAUUCAGCGAAAACUGCCAAGAUAGCUGCCCCUGUUGUUGAGGAAUCAUUUGCCAAACCAGCCAUUGUGGAGCCUGUGAAGGUAAGAGAACCAAUUCCAGUGGACCAGCAGCGUGAACUUUUCAAGUGGAUUUUGGAAGAGAAACGCAAGAUAAAGCCGAAGGAUCAUGAAGAGAAGAAACGCAUCGAUGAAGAGAAAGCAAUCCUCAAAGAGUUCAUCCGAGCAAAAUCUAUUCCUAACCUUUAAACUUUCCAAAUGCAGCACUCAAGCAAACAUAUUGACUGUUUUAACAUUGCUGAUGGAAUCUGAAUUGUGAUUUCUGUGGUCCUAAAAGGAUAUUGUUCGUUUCGAAUGGGGAUGAACAUGGUUACAUCCACAAAACCAGUGAGGAAAUUCGUUAGGCCUACAGAAUUGACAGAACCUUCACUUUUGAGGGAAAGAAUAGGCAGCCCUUUUGGUGUCUGUUUGCCUUUAGUUUAGGUUCUGUAGGUUGUAUGAGAAGAAGCGUCCAUUUUAUUAGAACCCAAGUUGAGAGAAAAAGCCAAGGUAACAACAUAUGCAACUUGAAGAGUUCACGUGGGCAGAAUGAAAUAAUGCACCAUCUACUUCCCAAAUGGAUUUGGACUUAUCCAAUGUGUGGUGAGAUUUCUCUAUCUGCAUGCAUAAACCUCCAAAACCCAAACUGAAUGCAACUUCCAAUGGGUCAA